AAAAUGGGAAGAGAAAGAACCGAACUUGCAAUCUCACAAACACACACAAAACCCUAGCAAGUUCUAUCAAUGAAAUAUAUAUAUAUAUAUAUAUAUAUAUAAACCUGUCAAAUCGUUUCAUGAUUCUCAUAUAAUUCAUUGCUCUCUCUCUCUACGAUCAACGAAGCCACCAGCGACAUCGCGUUCUUUCUCAAUUUUUUUCUUUUUUCUUGUUUACUGUUUCUUUAAUCUAACACUUUGUUUUCAGGAUUGAGCUUGACCUCGUGUUCUUUCUCUCAAGUUUUCCUUUUUAUUUUUCCUAAUUUGGUUUCUUUAAUCUAACAGUUGCUUUUCAGGAUUAGUCUUGUCUGUUAUCUUUGCAGGUUUUUUUUUUUCUUGUGUUUAAUUUUGCAGGACGUCCCUCAUGGAUUCAGGAUCUAUGAACUCUUCAACAGGAAAGACUCAAAUUCGAUACCCCCUUCAAGAACAACUUCUUCAAAAGAGAAAUUCUCGAGAAAAUUUGGAUAGAUUUAUACCAAACCGAUCAGCAAUGGAUUUUGAUUACGCUCAUUUCAUGCUGACUGAAGGGCGGAAAGGCAAAGAGAAUCCAGCUGUGAGCUCACCAUCUAGGGAGGCAUACCAGAAGCAACUGUCAGAAACUUUCAACAUGAAUCGGACCCGGAUACUGGCCUUUAAGAACAAGCCGCCCAACCCAGUUGACGCGAUACCACAUGAGUUCUUGGCUGUUCAGCAGUCCAAACCAACAAAGCCCCGUCGCCACAUUCCCCAGACAUCGGAAAGAACAUUGGAUGCUCCUGACCUGGUGGAUGACUACUACUUGAACUUAUUAGAUUGGGGUAGUAGCAAUGUUCUUGCUAUUGCUCUUGGAAGCACAGUGUAUCUAUGGGAUGCUACUGAUGGUGCCACCUCAGAACUCGUCACCAUUGAUGAUGAAAAUGGCCCUGUGACCAGCGUCAAAUGGGCUCCUGAUGGACGCCACAUUGCCGUUGGCUUGAAAAAUUCGGAUGUCCAGCUUUGGGAUUCUACAGCUAAUCGGCAGCUAAGAACCUUGAGAGGUGGCCACCAAUCACGAGUUGGGUCCCUGGAUUGGAACAAUCAUAUUUUGACUACUGGUGGAAUGGAUGGUCAGAUAAUCAACAAUGAUGUAAGAGUACGAUCACAUAUUGUCGAAACCUACGGGGGACACCACCAAGAAGUUUGUGGACUAAAAUGGUCAGCCUCAGGGCAACAGUUGGCGAGUGGGGGAAAUGAUAAUAUCCUACAUAUAUGGGACAGAUCCACGGCUUCUUCUAAUAAUUCAGCAACACAGUGGCUUCAUAGGCUUGAAGACCACACAGCUGCUGUUAAAGCCCUUGCUUGGUGUCCUUUCCAGAGUAACUUGCUGGCCUCUGGUGGAGGUGGAGGUGAUAGGUGCAUAAAGUUUUGGAACACCCACACGGGUGCAUGCUUGAACUCGGUUGACACUGGCUCACAGGUCUGUGCUCUCCUGUGGAACAAGAAUGAGCGUGAAUUACUUAGCUCUCAUGGUUUUACUCAGAAUCAGCUUACUCUUUGGAAGUACCCAUCUAUGGUGAAAAUAGCAGAGCUUACUGGCCAUACAUCCAGAGUUCUUUUCAUGUCUCAGAGCCCAGAUGGAUGUACCGUGGCAUCUGCUGCAGGGGAUGAAACUCUGAGAUUUUGGAAUGCUUUUGGGACUCCUGAAGUGGCAAAACCUGCACCCAAGGCAAACCCCGAGCUGUUUGCUCACUUGAACCGCAUUCGUUAAAUGGCAUAGACAGGGAUGGUUGAGCAUAAACUAGUUUUGUUUGGAUUUGCGUGAAAGAGAACUAUCAUGGUCAUUAUCAAACUAAACUAGUUCUAGGUAUAUAACAAAUCAAAUGCCUUUUUCAUCUUUCUGUGAUUCUUGCUCUGCCAUUUUCGUGCAUUGUUGACUAAUUUGUUAUCUGAUGGCGAAUGCAACUGGUGAUUUGAAUUGUUUGUUCAUCCCAAACCAUAACCUGAUUAGAAUUUCAAUGUAAAAUACAAUUGUAUUGAUGAGAUCUGUGGUGAGAUGACCAAAUGAUCUGUUUGGUUAUUUGAGUUGUUUAGAGAGAAGAAAGGAAAGGGAAAAACCUUUGAUUGGGAUUUAAUUUUUGAGCUAAUAAUUGUAGUGAGAAAUUGUAGUCACUCAUUGUGACAGAACCAAUGUAAAAUGCUUGUCUUUUGCUUUCA